AUGUACUCUCAAUAUCCUUCUCGACAAGCAUGUGUGGAUAGCAUGGUAGAUUGUCGACCACCACGUCAACCUCUCAUCACCUAUGAGGUUGUUGGUCCCCAACAUGACGAACUUAUGCGAAUUCCAAGUGCCGCACGUCUUCAAAACGCAUCCCCAAUGCUUGAAGACAGCCUGGAUUCCUGUGAUUCUCCUCGAGAAACACUUAAAACAAAUUCGCAACGACGCCCACGGCGAAUACGUCCGCGCAAGGCGGUUGCGCGACAACUUGUUUUCGAUGAAGAAGAGAUGCUCAAAUUACCUAGUCCCGAUAUGUUGAAUAGUAUGAUGCGGGGUGUGGAAUUGAAUGGUAAGUUGUGA